GGUAUGGCGUUUACGCUUCAUGAACGUCAAUAUCUCGGAAUACACGGACUUCUACCACCGGCGUUUAUGACACAAGAACAACAGGCCUGUCGUGUCAUGAAACAGAUUCGCCGCGAAACCGACAACUUAGAAAAGUCAGUUCUGUCAAUGACGUCUCCCUACAAUAAACCUGUUGUUUUAGUGAAUAUAUGGGGACUUUACAUUACUAUUGACGACAACAGCAUCAGUAAGAUCUAUCAAAUCUUAUCCAAUUGGCCGAGAACGGAUGUCAAGGCUAUUGUCGUGACUGAUGGCGAGAGAAUCCUCGGCCUUGGAGAUCUUGGUGCUUAUGGUAUGGGUAUUCCUGUUGGAAAGCUGGCACUCUAUGUGGCGUUGGCUGGAAUUCAGCCACAGUGGUGCUUGCCGGUGCUUAUCGACGUCGGAACUAACAACCAGAAGUUGUUGGAUAAUCCCUUCUACACUGGGCUGCGUCGUCCGCGAGUUCGUGGCGCGGAAUAUGACCAACUAAUCGAUAAUUUCAUGAUAGCGGUCACAAAACGAUUUGGUAGCGAAACAUUGAUUCAGUUCGAAGAUUUCGCCUUCAGUAAUGCGUACACUCUAAUAGAUCGCUAUAAAAACGAUUAUUGCACCUUCAACGAUGACAUUCAAGGUAACCUUGUCUAG